AACUCAUCAACAAAUCAAUUCCUUCUCAAAAGUACACCCUAUCCUAUGCUUUUUGCUUCUCACUUUCUCACUAGACUCCAUAUCCUCUAGUAAUGAAAAAUUGAAAAAUAAAAGAAUAAAAAAAUUUCCAAGUCAUUGUUAAGUUAGGAGAUUAUUAGUAGUUGCUGACAUUAUGAGCACUUUGUCACUUGGAACCCACAAGUUUUUCCUAGUUGUGAUCUUCUUGAUGUUGGUUUCCAUUGGUUGGAGCCUUAGGGUGAUUCCAAAUAAUGUUAAGUUGAAUAACUUGCAAGAAGAGGUAGCAGCAAUUAGAAAUAAAAAGGAAGAAGCAAAGGAAGAUGUUGUAUUGGAACAGAGUUCAACUGGAUCCUCCAUACCAGAUUGUUCCCAUGCAUGUGGACCAUGUUUUCCUUGCAAGAGGGUUAUGGUUAGUUUCAAGUGCUCAAUUGCAGAGUCAUGCCCUAUAGUUUAUAGAUGCAUUUGUAAAGGGAAAUACUACCAUGUACCUUCAAAUUGAUUGUCCAUAUUAGUCACUCCCUCCAUUUUAUAGGAUCUGGUCAGUUUAGAAAAUCUUGUAUAUUCAUAAUCUAAUGUAUCUAGAUACACAAAGUUAUGAAUAUAACAAAUUCUAAAUGUAACGAUUAUUUUAAAAUGUUGGGAGUUAGAAUAAUAUUGUGAGACGGUUUCGUGCCGAUUAGAUAUAGAUUAGUAAUACAAUUAACUAACUCGUUCAAAUAUUAUUAAUUCUAUCACUUACUUUUUGGCGAAAAUUCUAAGCUCUGCAAUUUUUUUUCGGUUAUUUUAAAUUAAGUCUAGGGUUAUUGUUGUAAUUUUCAAGUAGAGGAUGUGGGUUUUGAAAUUUCACCAUUUUGGGCAGAUUAAAUAGGUUAGGGAGGUUGGUAAUGUGCAUGAGGAAGAAUAGAAGAGUGAGUAGCCAGGACAAAAUUUGAGGAGAGUUUGUAUAGUAGGAUGAAGCUUUGGCUAUAUAUUAGAUUAUAAGGCUUGUUCAAUCUAUUUUCUUGAUUAAUACUAUAGUGAA